UAAUAAAUACAAUUAGUACUUCAUUAGUACUUGCUGAGUACCUAUUUUAACUUUAUAGGAAGGGCAUCAACGUGCUAUAAUGGGAACAAUGUCAGUUGAGGUAUAAGCCUUAGGAAUACUUUUGUCCAUUCGCUUUGGCCACUCCUACAUGUAUUUUGCUUUUUAAUGUUUAUGCAAAGUACUAUAAGCUUCUAAGGUAAUGUGUCUUUCUUUAGGAAAUCUAUAAAGAUCGCAAGAAGUUUUCAAAGAGUGUUUUUGAGGUACUGUAAUGUGUAAAGCGGUACAAACUAGGCCACAAAUUGCUGCUACACGUCGCAGUGACAAAUUUCUUUGUGUGAACAGAAGAACUUUCUUUGUGUGACAGAAUUUUGUUGCCGUAAAUUAUUAUUAUAAUUCAUUUAUAUAGCCCAUCCCAUUUAUAUAUUUAUAUAGUCCAUUUAUAUAUUUAUAUAGCCCAUUUAUAUAUGUAUAUAGCCAUUUAUAUAUUUAUAUAUUUAUAUAGUCAUUUAUAUAUUUAUAUAGUCCAUUUAUAUAUUUAUAUAUUUAUAUAGCCCAUUUAUAUAUUUAUAUAGCCAUUUAUAUAUUUAUAUUGUCCAUUUAUACUGUAUAUUUAUAUAGCCCAUUUAUAUAUUUAUAUAGCCCAUUUAUAAAUUUAUAUAGUCCAUUUAUAUAUUUCCCAUAGCCUCAAUAGUGCUUAACAUUAAAUGUUAAAAAUAUAUACCAAGUGUUAAAAAUAUAUACAAAGUGCUACUAUUAACAAGGUAAGACGGUGUUUGUCUUGUUUUAUACUAGACAAACUCGACUCCUCUGCUCCCUGUGCAUGGCAUAUUGCGAAAAAAAUAUGCAUAAUUACCGAUUAUUAAAUCCUUUGAUUUUUCACUCUACAUCUGUAGGUUGCAUCUUCAGAUUUGUACAAAAUGGGCAUUGCAGUCGUCAGCUACACAUUGAAAGAUAUCCGAGAUGACGAGGUUCGUACCUAAUCUUAACUAUCAAACACAUCUAGUGAAAAUUUCACAAGAAUUGACAAGUUGUCAGAGCCUACACAUGGAAAAAUCUCACAACCUGUUAACAAGAUGUGUCCGCAAUAUGCUUGUAGCAAACUUGUCAACAAGUUGUAACAAUGCUGUUUUUCUAUCAAGUUGCUACAAGGUUGUCACUCGCAACUUGUUGACAAAUUGUUGAAUUUGCAGGACGAUAACAAGUUGUUGGAACAACUUGUAACAAGUCUGUUGGGCUCAACGACCUUGUAGCAAGUUGUCAACAAGCCGUUGACAACUUGUCAACAAGCUGGGAACAAGCAGUGCGAACACAUCCUGUUGAAAAGUUGUUGGAACAGCAUUGCUACAAGUCUGCUGCAGGUUUGUUACGGCUUGUGCGAUUUUACCUGUGACGCACAAGUUGUAACAAGUCUGCAAACAAGUUGUUACAAGUCUGUUCACAAGCUGUCAACAAGUUGUGUUCGCACUGCUUGUUCCCAGUUUGUUGUAACAAGUUUGAAACAAGCUGUUAACAACUUGUAACAAGCUUGAUGGCAUUAUCAGCCUUGUUACAAGACUGUGCUAACAAGUUUGUUGCAGCCAUGAUAUAACAAGGAUGUUACAAGGUUGUCAACACAAGGUUGUAACAAUCUUGUUCUAUCAAGCAUGUAACCGACUUGUCAGAACAACCUUGCAACUGAUCUGAUAAUUUCGACAAGGUUGUUACAAGUUGUCAACAAGUUGUUCCAAACCUGUUGACAACUUGUGACAAGCAGUGCUUGUUAACAGCUUGUGAACAGACUUGUAACAAACUUGUGCGUUUUUACGUGUGUAAUAGACCUUUCCCCCUUUUAAGUGAAAUUUUAAUCUAGACAAGUCUGGACAAAAAUUUCAUCACAGCUUGAACGAGCAUCGCAAACUUAGUAAUAUUCCGAAGUUUCGUUGCAAAAUGUUGUAAAAUGCGGAUAAUAUAGCCUUGCGAAGUUUGCCGUUUUUCAGUCAUUUUGCAUUAUAAACGGGAAAUUGAUAAUCAGAUGAUCAAACUGAUUAUCAAUGGACCAUUUGCAUUAUAGACUGUAUAUUAUAUAGUAUAUUAGUAUUAGUAUAUACUGUAUAUUAUCCGCAUUUUACAACAUUUCGCAACGAAACUUUGGAAUAUUACUAAUUUUGUGAUGCUCUUUCAAGCUGUGAUGAAAUUUUUGUCCAGACUUGUAUAGAUCAAAAUUUCAUUUAAAAGGGGAAAGGUCUAUUGACAAGUUGUCAAAGCAUGCGCGUUGCACACGCCCCUCGUGGAAAUCAGCUUUGGUUGACAGGGUCAGCGUGCAUAAAUAGAAUUUCUAUCUAUCUACAUGUAUUUACAGUCUGCAUUAGACACAACAGACUUGAAACAAGAUCCCCUUAUUCUCCGAUUUUGCGAUUUACAGCAUCGCGUAAUAUAAUUUACUGUUUACUGCAGAAGCCAUAUUUCAACGGGUUAUGCAUCGAUGAUAUGCAAAUUAGUGGAGAAGUAGAAUAAUCAUGUCCGUUAUUUCUGGCCAUGUUUUGACUUUUGACAAACUUGCUGCUAUAACAUGUUUACAAACACAUCCUGUUGACAAGAUAUGAAUUUUUAUGUGUGUAUACUGUACGAUGAUUUUCAGGGAUAUCUUCUUGCUCUGGGUAUGUCCCGAACUGCUCAAGUCAAGAGAGAUGCCAGAAUGGGUGAGGCCGAAGCUGGCAGAGAUUCUGGGAUUAAGGUAUGGAUUGUUGUAAUUUCUUCGCACAAGUUUUGUUAAACAAUAAGAAAUUUCCGCUCGCUGGUUCAGUCAACAAACCACUGGGACUGUAUUUCCUUUUUUCCAAUUUUCCUUUAUUCAAACAAUCUUUUACAAUCAAUCAAACUAACCAUUCUACGUACAUUUCAUACUAAUACACUCUAACACUCACACUUUCCAAUCAACCAAUACCAACACAAUAUAAUAUUUUUACACUCAUAUUUAUACUCUAAAACUAGGAAACCAUUUUUCUGUUCAUACGUCAUUUUUUAACCACAUAAAGUUCCUUCCCGUAGUCACGUCUAAGGUGUGUCAUAUUUUCAUCCCAUUUUAACGUUGAAACGUGCUGUAUCUACAUCAUGCUUACGCGCAAUUUAUGUCAAUUAUUGCGUAUUCACGUUUCGCGGUCGCUGCGCCCACAUCGCGCCUUAAUCUUGAAGGUCCUUAACAUGGAUGCCUGUCUGUGCAAAGGAUGUCAUGAUUCCAGAAACCAAAUCCACAAAAUUUUGAUCUGGACAAGAAGAACGAAUCCAUUACCAUAGCUGGAAAGAGCAUCUUAAAAUGAGUAAAAUUGCAAAGUUUGGUUGCGAAUUGUUGUAAAAUGAGGAAAAUAUAGCCCAAUUUUGGAUAUAUUUGCAUUACGCGCGGGAAAAAUAACCAUUUUUGAGCCGAAAAUCGUUAAAAUUAUUUUUACCGCGCAUAAUACAUACAAAAUGUGCGAACUUCGCAGGGCUAUAUUUUCUUCAUUUUACAACAUUUAGCAACCAAUCUUUGCCGUUUUACUCAUUCUAAGACGCUCUUUCUAGUUGUGGUGUUGGAUUUCGUUCUUCUUGCAAAGUUUAGCCUAUAGCUGGAAUCGCCCAUUAGUUCUUAUAGUCGGAUUUGAUCAGGGUGCUUAUAUCAAUAUAAUGAUAUACAGGGUAUAUAAAAAUCCGUUCAUUUCCUGAAAUUUUUGAUAAAUAUAGAUUGUUUGCGUACGUAUGUAUAAUAAACAAAAAAAAUUUCGUAGAGAUAAAUUUUCCAGAGCAGGGGGGGGUGGUCUUUCUUAGCAGAAUUAAAAAUAGCUUGCGCGCGAAAUUUAAAACUAGUUUAAUUAAAACGCAUUUUGAGUUCAUGGGCGAGAAAUUUGUUAUGUUUUAUUAAUGGCACAAUAUAUAAAGCUGAAACUUUCAUUUUUUGGCACCAAUGCUUAUCGCGCAUGCUUAAUUCACGCAUCUACCGAAUUUGAUCAAAUUGCGCGUACUUGUAGUUUUAUAUGGCUAACCCUGCUUUUGACGUCGCUAAAAUCACCGAUAAUGAGAUAAAAAUUUAUCCAAGAUGGCGGACUGCUAAUUAGUUUUAAGUGAAAAUAUUUCAAUAACUAAGCAAGAUGCGAAUAAGCGGUUAAGGAGAUUUGCAAAUAAUUUUAAAAUUUCUUUCAAAUGAAAUUAAAAGUAUAUAUAUUGUUGUAUCCCUUUAAACUCAAUUUCGUUUCCGACAUGGUGCGUACUACCACCUCUAACCAGGGCCGCCGAGAGAAUUCGUGGGGCUCGGGGAAAAUCUUCUCUGGGGGCCCCAUGACAUCAUUAUUUUUUAAGCUAAACCCAAGUCAGUCACCCAACUCACAGGCGGCCCAAUCUUACCCUGUGUUAUUAAUUUAUUACGUUAUAUCUUUAUAUAAUAGUAUAUUGAAAAUCACUUACAUGUGUUUCCUGAAAGAUUUUAACGAGAACCGGCCAAGAUUGGCGUUGAAAUGAGGAUUAACAGCAGGAAAUAAUAGAAGGCUGGUCACUUUGACCGUUAAUUGGACUAAUUGGGACAAACGCUGACAGGAAUCAAUCGAAUAACGCGAACUUCGGCUGUCGCAUCGUCGCCAAAUUACGUUACAUCGAAAGAGCGAUAAUUUUUACAUAAUAUACUUUUCUUUAACAGAAUUGAACAAUAUCUUCCUGCAGAAAAUGCCGAAUUGAAACUUACAAAUGUCUAAUCUUCCGAGGUUUGUGACCGGUAUGAAUUCAUGGCCUUCAAAUUCGAAUUACACGCUGCAAACACGCUGCAUUGUCAUUGGUCGGCUUUCAAAACAACAACGUUGUUUUGAAAGCCGACCAAUGACAAUGCAGCGUGUAAUUCGAAUUUGAAGGCCAUGAAUUCAUACCGGUCACAAACCUCGGAAGAUUAGACAUUUGUAAGUUCCAAUUCGGCAUUUUCUGCAGGAAGAUAUUGUUCAAUUCUGUUAAAGAAAAGUAUAUUAUGUAAAAAUUAUCGCUCUUCCGAUGUAACGUAAUUUGGCGACGAUGCGACAGCCGAAGUUCGCGUUAUUCGAUUGAUUUCUGUCAGCGUUUGUCCCAAUUAGUCCAAUUAACGGUCAAAGUGACCAGCCUUCUAUUAUUUCCUGCUGUUAAUCCUCAUGUCAACCCCAACCAUGGCCGUUAACCUCAUGUCAACGCCAAUCUUGGCCGGUUCUCGUUAAAAUCUUUCAGGAAACACAUGUAAGUGAUUUUCAAUAUACUAUUAUAUAAAGAUAUAACGUAAUAAAUUAAUAACACAGGAUUUUCUAAUGAUUUUCAAUAUACUAUUAUAUAAAGAUAUAACGUAAUAAAUUAAUAACACAGGGUAAGAUUGGGCCGCCUGUGCCCAACUAGACCUUAACUAGACUACAUGUGGAGAUACUGUAUAAGGGACCCUCAAUUUCAAAAAUGCUCUGACCAAUUUAAAGAACUACUCAAUUUUAGGCUCUCUCUUAAAUUGGGGCGCUUUAAGGUGGGGGCUGGGGGCAAUUUGCCCCUGCCCCCCCCCCCUCUCGGCGGCCCUGCCUCUAACUCGAUGUAUUAUUUUGUAGGAGGCCCUAGCUGACGAGGCAAGAAUGAGGUCAAAAUACGAGAAUGAUACAGAAGUGGCGAAAUCCCAGCGAGAUUACGAAAUAAGACAAGCAGGUUAUGAUCUCGAAGUUCAGACUAAGAGCGCUCAGUCAAAACUUGCUUACGAUCUCCAGGCGGCCAUUACUAAACAAAAAAUCAAAGAAGAAGCCAUGCAGAUUUCGGUCGUUGAGAGGACACAGCAGAUUAAAGUACAGGAACAGGUACUGAAGAUAUCGGGCGAAGAUAUAAAGGCCCAUUUCUACUCAGGAAAAUUUUCCGCAGAAAGAAAAUUUGGUAAAAUUUGAUUGGUCGAAACAAAUUUGCCGUCGGAAAAAAUUUUUGACCGCCACUUGAGUCAAAUUAUGCUAAAAUCCACGUGAUUGAAACCCACGAAUACCAGUAGCCUCCUUCGCAGGCAUCUCUAGCGAAUUUGGCCUACGAAUGGGUGUUCGAAAAGAACAUUUUUCGACCACCUGAUUCGUCGGAUGUGGCUAGGAAACCAGUAAUGUUUGGCACAAAAGAAUGUAGUACAGCAAAUAAAAUUUUCUUUUCUCUUAGGAAAUGGAAAGAGUUGAGAAAGAAUUGGAAGCAACAGUUCGUCAGCCAGCGAAUGCGGAGAAAUAUCGCAUGGAACAGAUUGCUGAGGCGAAGAGACAGAAAGUGAUUCUUGAAGCAGAGGCUGAAGCUGAAGCCAUAAGGGUAAGUAUCGUCCUCCAACCGCUUUUAAUAGGGUCCUGAGAUGCACACUGUCCAAUACCCUCAGUCUAUAAAAGUCUAUAAAUCCGCAUAUGAAUGAUAAUAUUGGAUAUUAUUUUUUUUCUUGCGGUCCGAAAUCAUAUUUUACGCUUUUCUGCAAUCUGAUUGGCUACGUGAGCGGUCCGUAUGAGCCCGUACGGACCGCGCGAGAUUUAAAGCCGUAGAGCCAAUGUUUUUAUUUUUCAAAAUUUAAAGACGAGUUUAAAGGCUACUUUUUAAAACAUUAAAAUGUCUGCAGACGAUGAAAAACACAGUGAAAACGAAUUUUACUAUCUCACAAAAGAUAUUUCUCUUCCCGAUAGCAUUGAUAGAAACGACGUUUUAUUUGGCAGCUUCAUUCGCGUGCGGGAGGAGUGAUUGGGGAAAUCCAGAGGACGAAUUAAACAAAAAUAAAAAUAUUAUUUACCGGUAUGGUCGGUCCGUAUAGAGAAAUAUUUCUCUAUACGGACCUCCAAUCCGGUAAAUAACAUAUAUAUAUUUUUCUAGGUGAAAGGUGAAGCUGAAGCGUAUGCUAUUGAAGCAAAAGCAAAAGCCGAAGCUGAACAAAUGGCAAAGAAAGCAGACGCGUGGAAAGAUUACCAAGAAGCCGCCAUGGUGGAUAUGGUGUUGGAUACCCUACCAAAGG